AAUUAUGGGAUAAGAAGCAAGGUGAGAACUCAGCCCUGGAGCAGAGGCUGAAGCACUAUCAAAACUUGAAAGUUCUCACCUUUUGUGGGUGGAGUCAAAGGAGGGGCCAACCCUAGACAGGAACAUAAAAAGACCCCAAGAGCUCAGUCCUGACAUCUUUUGCUGCCAGACCCCAAGGGUAAAGGCUGGAGGAAUAUCUGAGAAGGAAGGAAUCAGAAGCCUAGGAGCAUGGAUGCAAGAGACUUAAUUGAAAACCUCAAGGCAGAUCUGACUUGCUCUAUCUGCCUGGGCUACUUCACUGAUCCAGUGAUUGUCAAAUGUGGCCAUAACUUUUGCAGAGUCUGUCUUCUCAGGUGCAGAGAAGAAGCAGAUGCAGCAUUCAAGUGCCCAGAAUGCAGAGGAGUCAUUGAAGACAGAGAUGUGGUGCCUAAUAGGAAGUUGGAGAAUCUGUCUAUGACUGGCAAAAGGCUCAGACCUCAUCUGCUUCAGAGCAUCACUCUGGCCCUCUGUGAUCAGCAUGGGGAAAAAGAGAAGUUCUUCUGUGAAGAGGACCAGAGGCUCCUCUGUGCUUCCUGUGUAUUAUCCCCAGGGCACAAGGAUCACACAGUGCUUGCCCUGGAAAUGGCUGUUGACAAGUGCAAGGACAAGAUCAAGCACACCCUGAAUACCUUACAACAAAAAGAAGAGGAAUAUAAUGUUGCAUUGGACAGAGUGAGCAGUAGAAAAGAAAUCUGCAAAGAGGAUAUAUACUCUUUGAAAGAAUCCAUUAUUUCAGAAUACAAGAAAGUACAUGAUUUCUUAUGGGAGGAAGAAAAGCUCUAUCUACAAAGAUUAGACCAGCAAUACACAGACAACAUGGCAGAACUGGAGCUCAACGAGGCCAAACUGAAAAAACAAUUUCAAAAUCUACAAAGAAUGAAAUUUGAAGUAGAGGAGAAUUUGGAAAAGGAGCCCUUGGAAAUGCUUCAAGAUAUGAAAGACACUUUGGAAAGGAAUGAGGAGGCACUACUUCAAGAACCAGAGGUUAUUUCCUUUACCUGGGACACCAGCCCCAUCACUGGCUUGACAGAGAUGCUCAUGAGUUUCCAGAGUGAUAUAAGUCUUGAUCCUGAAUCAGCCAAUCCACAUCUCAUCCUGUCUGAAGAUCUGAAGAGUGUCAAGUAUGGAGAUGUCCCACAGGACCUUCCUGACAACAAGGAAAGAUUUGAUGAUGCUCUUGCUGUAUUGGGGGCCCAGACCUUCACUUCAGGCAAACACUAUUGGGAAGUGUCCCUAGGAGAUAAGACAGAGUGGGAAGUGGGGGUCUGUAAAGAUUCAAUCAGGAGAAAAGGGAAACUCUCCUCAUCAUCUGAAGAUGUAUGGAUCCUAGUAAGCUUCAGAUCUGGAAAUGAUUGCUUCCUCUGGAAUUCUCGAGAUGGCUUUCUUCUGAGCCGGCCUAUAAAGAAAGUGGGCAUUUUUCUGGAUUAUGAAAAAAGACAUAUCGUAUUUUAUGAUGUCAUAGAUGGAUCUGUAAUUUUUAGGUUCUCAGACAUGGCCUUUGAAGGGCCCCUUCGCCCUUACUUCUCUCCUUGCUGUCCUUAUGCAGAAAAUACUCCAGGGUCAACUAUGUUAAUUAAUAUGUGA